UAUUCAGCCGUUCAGUCGGCGACGAUGUGUCCGCGAGUACAGUUUCUUGUUAAAGGUUGGCUUAUCGCGUUUUACAGAGUGUAAUGUAGAGGCGCGGGAGAGAGGUAAAAAGCGUCGGUGCGCUUUCGAUUCGUUAGUAGACAGCAGAGCCCGUCGGACGCGUCAGACGUGAUGCGUGACGGGCAGAUGAGCGCGCGACGAGGUACGUUUCAGCGGCUUCAGUUUGCCACUGGAUAUCAAAGACAGUAAGCGCGCGUGCGGGCGGCAAACCGUGUUGCUUUCUUUUUUUCGUGUUUUUUCGACAUGGCUGAGUAUGUACCGUUAUCCGCGAUCGUUUCUCGAUGCCCACCCUGAAGGCGGACAGCGGACCGAGCGAUUUUCCGUGACCACGGGAAUCGGGAAUCGAUCAAGAAAUCGGGGACCGAUAUAUGGACGUUUCCUUACGCGGAUAACGCGAGCGAAGAAGCGGUCCUGUUUGCAAGGUUAGGCGACGGGAAUCGAUACUGUCUUCUUUAUCAUGGCGCGCCCAUCGAGGAAGCGAUUACUGCUAGAAAAGCUCGCGAGGAUGGUGGGCAGUGUGCCAAGCGGAUGGAUGAGGAAGAUUCUCCUCUUCCUCGUCCUGAUGACCGGGGUCCUGCUGAUCGCUAUGUACGCGCACGCUCCGCCGCUUGCUUCCCUACAACCAUUCUCGUCACGACGACUGAAGGAGUUGCAACGAGGCUUGGUUACUUUCCUGGUCGGUAAUGAAAGCACCAAGAGACCCGAAGAACGGCUCUACGAGUAUCUGGAAGGGCCUAGAGAAACUAUGGAAAUGGGAAGGAUUCGUAAGAUCAUUAAGUUUCAUCGAAUUGACGGUCAUCGGGGUCGCAGGACGUUUCAGAGCCCCUGGUCCUGGGCCUGCGUUGCCGGAAGAUGCGAGAGGAGAGCGGUCAGAUCGUCGAGAAUCCCCUUGGCCAGUUGCAUCGCUCUUUGCGGCGGAAACACCAGGCUUCUCUGGCCCAGGCCGACCGGAAAUGUUUUCCUCGGCGAAGACAGUGUGACCGUACACUUGGAGCAAAUCGAACUCGUUACGAUGAACACCAGCGAUCAGGAAACGAAGAAUCUGCUGGAACACGCCAAGGAUGUUUUCAUCGGGAACAUCAGGGGCUUGGUGAAAGUGCAGAACGCCAAAAGUAGAUCCGGAGUGGACACCUUUGUAAUAUAUCUCUCUGCCGGAAACAGCCGGCCGAUAGGACCAAGUUUAGAAACGGACGAGUCGUAUACACUGGAACUGACGCCGAAAGGAAGAAUCCUGGAGGCUCGGAUAACAGGAAGAAGUUACUUCGGUGUCAGGCACGGCCUGGAGACGCUCGGUCAAAUGAUUUGGUGGGACGAGACCGCCGGAAGGGAAGGUUCCCUGCGAGUGCUGUCCCGCGCUUCCGUCGAGGACAAGCCGACGUUCCCCUACAGAGGAUUGCUCGUCGAUACGGGAAGACAGUUCUUCCCGAUCGAACGGCUGAAGCGAGUAAUCGACGGGAUGGCGGCGUCCAAGUUGAACACGUUCCACUGGCAUCUGACCGAUUCGCAGAGCUUUCCUUUCGACUCGGCCCUGUUCCCGGAAAUGGCCAGGUGGGGUGCAUACGACGGGGAUCAGAUCUACACGCCCGACGACGUGAAGGAUCUCGCGGAUUACGCGAGGAUACGUGGCGUCAGGGUGCUCGUUGAAAUCGAUUCUCCUGCACACGCUGGCGCCGGUUGGCAAUGGGGGACGGAGUACGGUUACGGGGAGCUGGCACUCUGCGUUGAUCAGCAGCCAUGGUCAUCGUAUUGCGGCGAGCCGAAUUGCGGUCAGUUGAAUCCUAUCAACGAGCACACCUAUCGAAUAUUGGAGGGACUGUACAAGGAGCUCCUGGACCUGACCGAGGUCCGGGACAUCGUCCAUCUUGGCGGGGACGAGGUGAAUUUAGACUGUUGGGCCCAGUACGGUAAUAUAACAGCUGCGAUGCAGACGCAGAAUAUGACGGACCAUCACGCUAUGUGGGCUGAAUUCGAGACGAAGAUGCUGCAGAGACUUGUCAAAGCUAACCACGACGAAACACCGAAGGCUGUGAUCUUAUGGAGUUCACCAUUGACCAAGAGACCGUACAUUACCAUGUACUUCGAUCCGAAGAUUCAUGUGAUCCAGUCGUGGGGCGGUAGCAAUUGGCCUGAAACGCCGGAUCUUCUGGAAGAUGGUUUCAGAGUGAUCGUUUCGCACGUGGACGCUUGGUACCUAGACUGCGGCUUCGGAAGGUGGAGGGAGACCGGCGAGGCCGCCUGCGGGGAGUAUCGUACUUGGCAGACGGUUUACAAUCAUCGGCCUUGGAGAGAUUAUCCCCAACAGCAUUUGAAUCUGGUUCUGGGCGGUGAAGCGGCCAUCUGGAGUGAACAGACCGGCGAAGCGUCUUUAGGACCUCGACUAUGGCCCAGGGCGUCAGCACUCGCCGAGAGAUUGUGGAGCGACAUGCCAACGAACGGUUAUUCCACAGAUGAGAACGUAUAUACGAGGCUAGCUGCGCACAUGGAGCUUCUGAAUAGCAGAGGUCUAAAAACGGAAGCCAUGUGGCCCCAAUGGUGCUCCCAAAAUCCCGGCAAGUGUCUCUGACCGUUCGCUAGCCAGAACAUAAACGCCUUCGACGGGAAUUGUACGCGCGGAUACGAUAAUUACGCGGACGAGAGUUAUACGAGGAAGUUCUGUCCGACUCUCGUACUGGAACCGAUAGAGUCUUUCGGAAUUGCCAGUAGUUGGACAGUAAUUUUUCUAAUAACAUUUUCUAUACGUGACGAAGAAAAUCGUUCGCGGUAGUAUACAUCGAUACGAUGGCGUCGAUUCACGAAGAUGUGGAAAAACUAGGACCACCUAGUAGUGCAUGGCACUCAAAGAAAGAGGUCCUCCGUGAAGUCGAGGAAAGUAUACUUAAGAAUCAGAAGGGCAAGGAACUUACCGAGCGGUUUUGCAUUUCUAUCGAUCACGCGAAUGUUCUUGAAGUUUGUUUUUUCUGAAUACGAGAAAAGAAAUAGACAGGAAUACUUGGUAUUUGAGUACAAGACAAAGAACAGUAUAAGGCGCAGGAAGGUAAACGAACUCAAUCGACUCAAAGGCGCACGGGUGUGAUACCUUACGGCGUUGCACAGUGCCUAUACUGUAGCUCGAUGCCAUACUUUUCGUUCGAAGUGCCUUUCCAAUUGUAAUUCGACACGUUCUACAAUUUCAUAUGUAAACACCGUACGCGUUCCUAAUCAAAUGUCUCGAUGGUUGAAGUCGAGACCAUCGCAUCUCUUCGUAAACCUGUAUUUAAGAUAACAGUUGGAUGUUUUCUACAUCCUUUCUGUCGGAUAGUACCAUCUUCGAAUGCCUUCUUUUGUACUUAAAACAAAUUUCUUCGUAAUAGUUUUCUUUUGAGAUAUCAAAAGUUCAUCGAAAAAUACUCCAUUAAGUAAAUAGAGUAGAAGACAUCGAAGAUGGUGAAAUUGAGUGAGACACCCCGUACAUUCGAUUAACGAGCAAACAGACGUUCGACAUAGGGAACAACGAAUGAUCCUGACGUUGGUUCUCCCCCAUCAAGGAAUUCCUGACGCCGGGAACCGGCAGUAUUAUUUCGCGUCACGUGAUACAACGAAGCGUGGCCAUCGAAAAACAAGAAUGACGCCAGUCCGCGUAGGCUUCCCUCUUUAAACUGCCAGAUCUAGGUCCUACAUAGAACUCGCUGAACUCGAAUUUAUAAAAAUGAAUGGGUCGCCGAGACCCUAAUACGCAAAGCGGUAAACCAUCGAAGUAUGUGAGAGCAAACGUGCAAGCAUGUUCACUCUUUGACAGAAUGAACACACACACCUGCAGAUGUGUCGUGUAGCUCACACAUAUAUCCUAUGAAGCCAAAGAAACCGUAAAAACGACUUUGUACGACAAUUUCCCUCUGUACCGAGAAUCGAGUUGCAAGCGAAACCUUGUUAGACUAUUUAUAAAUGAUGUUUCUUAUGAAGAAACUCUGAAUCGAGAGCCGUUCAACAAUUCUUGGAGAAUUGUCGCGGAUAUGUUAAAUCGUGCGUCCAAUCUACACUUGGUGUAUACUUUUUUUAAAUAAUCGUAAUCACAAGGGUGCGUAUUCCUCUUGAUAUUAACGAGAUAGCGACGAUCUUCUGAAAUAUAAAAACAAAUGGCCUAUUGAUGAAUUACGUAGAGCCGUGGACAUAUGUAAAUAAUGCCAUCGCGAAAUAGGAUACGACUGAGGGAGUUAGUAGAUAUUUAACUGCAGAAGAAGGCAACUUACCGACAUCGAUGGCUGUAAAAUAGAAGUGAUUUUUAGACUCAUCGAGUCUUUGGAUCUGGAACGAGAAGUCAUCCGCUCUAUAUACGUUCGGUUAAAGAAAAUCAUUUAGAAUGUUGUCUAUAAAAUUGUUCUGCCAGAAGAAAUGCGCGCGGAUGAUUUCUCGAGUUGAUCCACGAAAAAUACAAUCCGUUGUAAAGUAUGGUUGGUGUAAGUUUAAAAUAAAAUGAAUUUUGAAUAUA